AUGUCGGAGGAAGCGCAUCCCGUGUACACGCUGCAUUACUUCCCCUUCUCGCUGUACUCCCUCAUGGCGCGCUUCGGCUUCGUCCUGGGCCAAGCGCUGAACCGAGAGUCGGCCCCAAAACUCGAGGUUCGGCUCAUCGACCUGCACCGGGAUGAACACUUGUCGGAACCGUACCUUACCCAAGUCACUUGCAAGGGCCAGGUUCCCGCGUUGACCUCUGCAGCGCUCGAUUCAAUGCUUGACGACAGUCGUGACAUUGCCAAGUGGCUGUGUGAGAGGCAGCCGGAGCUCCUGCCUGAAGAGCACCGAGAGACCAUUGAGCGUCUGAUGGACAAGCUCUAUGCCUUUCACUGCAAGGCGCUGCUGGUGGCGCCAGAGGACAGGAACCAUGGUUUCCCGAACCAAGCAGCCGCCAUGCUCGAGAGCACAGACUUGUCCGAGAAACAUCGCCGGGCUCUUGAGAUGAAGAGCAUCUUCCGGACCCUGGAACCAGACAGCAUCCUACGGGCCGAGGAGCAAGCCCAGGAUUUCAUGCGGGAUCUGUCAGAGGUCCUCGGCGAGUACGGUGGAGAGGACAGGACGUGGAUAUUCGGCGACAAGCCUACCAUCCUGGACGCGCACGCAACCGCCCUGGCGGCCAGGCUGAUUGAUGCGAAGCGGCUCGACGUGUUAUCGGAGGCCGUGCAACUUUACACCCGUAGGGUCCUGGAAACGGAGGAGUGGAAAGCCGUCACGCAUGGGCGGCCGACCUUGUGGGACACGUCGAUUGGCCAUGCUGCGGACUUGGAUCCUUUAUGA